GACGCGCGGGGCCGCCCGAGAACCGCCGGGCGCGGCUGCGGUGGGCGCCGCCGCGCAAGCGGCUCAGGGCCAGCCCCGCCCUGCUCGCCUGGGCUGCAAUCGCCCGCUGGGCUAAGCACGUGCUGAGGGCAGCCCUGCCUGGCGUGGUCGAGAACCUGGCCGCGUUGGUGGCGUUAUUCCGACGCGUUCAGGGUGCCAGGCAGGUGUGGGACGAGGUCCCCAGCGAGGUCGCCGACCUCUUCCGCCGCGGCCUGGGCAUCCUCAUGCUGGACGGACUUGAGGCUUGGGGCGACGCGACGUUCAGCAACGAUGCCAGCGGGGCGCGCAGGGCGGCGCGGGUGCAGGAGCGCCCCGAGCUCGUUGGGGCGGGCCGCCAGGGCGGGCCUGCCCAGAUCGCCGACCAGGCCAUGGACGAGUGGGGGCACCUGUGGACGGCCCAUGGCGCUGCCAGAGUGGCCGCCCCUGGUGAUGCGGCCAGCUGGCCGGAGCUGCCCUCGAUCAGCGGCGCGGGCGUCAGUCGCGCGCUGGGCACCUUCCGGCGGCGAACGGCCGUGGGCCAGUCCUGCUUGCAUCCGCGGCAGCUGUGGUUCGCGUCGGACGACGCCAUGGCGGUGCUGGCGGCCCUGUUCGCGCGUUGCGAGGGGUCGCUGCGCUAUCCGUCGGGGAGGAUCGUCAACGUGAUGGCCCGACUGCCCAAGCCAGACGGCAGCGGGUGUCGCCUGAUCACCCUUGCCAACACCCUCAUCCGUGUCUGGGCGCGGGUGCGCAGGCCGUUGUCGCAGCAGUGGGUCAGGGACCACCCCGACCAGGCGAUCUUCGGGAUGGCGAGCGGGGCCACUGCUACGGCGUCCGCGCUCCAGCACAACAUCCAGGCGGAGAUCGCGCAUCUCCUCGGGGGGGGCAGCUGGGCGGUGAUCAUGGACCUCCACAAGGCGCGUGGCCUCGGCUCCCCCAUGAGGCUAGUCUGGCUGUGCAUCAGCUAUUUCAGGAUGCCGCGGGGACUUCAGGCCUAUGGGUCUUGGAGCCGCGGCGUGGUGGCCAACGGCAGCACCCUGGCGGGCUGCACGCACAGUGCGGCGUUGCUGACGGUGCUGCUCUUCAAGGCCGUGAUGCGCCUGCGCCGCAUCGCGGAGCAGCUGACCCCGCGCUCGCUGAUGGACGACCUCACGAUGCAGUGGAUCGGCCAGGUGGGCGACGGGGGCGUCGCCAAGCUGCGCGCGGCCGUCCAGGUCUUCACGGAGCAGGUGCGGCCGCUGGGCAUGCAGGUCAAGAUGGCCAAGUGUGGCCGGCUCGCGACCUCGCAGGGGGCCGGGAAGGAGUUUCGGCCAGCCGCGUCGGUGUCGGCGCUGCCCGAGCGGCGGGGGUUCCGCCAUUUGGGCUACGACGCGCAAGGGGCGGCGGUGCGUAGGCCAGUGGCGCAGGCCAGGAUGGCCAAGCUGCAGGAGCGGCAGCACCGGGUCGACGCGCUGGUCAGGGUGGCGGAGUCCGGG